GUAGCCAUAACGAAAACAAACAAACAUGGCGAAAAAUAAGCAUGGUCACUAACAGAAACAAGAUUUGGAGUUUUUUAAAACGUGAAAAUGUCGGAUUGAGAAGGUGUGGAUCUCAUAAUGUAUCGGAAAUAUCUACAAGAAAUCGCAGAUCGGGAGAAACAGGCAGCAGCUCAACACACUGCACCUACGACAACUGCCGAGGUAAGCUCAUCUGAGACCGACUCUUCCCAAAAUACCAAUGCUCAAAACACAGGCAGCUUAGAAACAAACAAUGCAGUCCCAUCGCCAAAUAAUCCGCCAAACCCGGGACCAAACAAAGCCGAGGCAGGUAAAAAGCUUACAGCAGAAGAGAAGAAAAAAAUGAUAGACGCACAGAAAAAGAUGCUGGAGGACUUAAUGGCCACGGCCAACGCAACAGAGAAGAUGAUCUUCAGUGCAUUUCCAUUUCAACAGGCUAUCAUUUGUGGGAAUUUUUUCGUAAAGUUUCCAAAUACAACAAAAAUCAUUCGUAUAUUCACAAGCAGCACUUUCACAGAUACAAAGUAUGAGAGGAAUAGCUGGAUGAUCAAAGCGUACCCCAAAAUAAAAGAACAUUGCUUCAGUAAGGGAUACGAGUUUCAAGUAGUAGACAUGAGAUGGGGAGUGCGCAACCAAGCAGCGGACGAUCACAUGACCACAGAACUGUGUAUUCACGAGCUCCGCGAGUGUCAGAAGAUAUCGAAAGGACCGAAUUUCAUUUCUCUCUUCGCCCAUAAAUACGGAUACAGAUCACCAUUCCGGAUUAUAGACGCAGAAGAAUUUCGAAAGAUCAAAGCGGAAGUUAAAGAUCCGGCGGAUCUGAGGCAUCUUUCAAGAUGGUAUGAUCUUGAUAAAAAUGCGGUACCAGAAGUUUACAUUUUAAAGUCCAUCAGCAAAAACAUCCCAGACUUUCUUUCCAAAGACAUCGAGGCAGUGAAGGCAGGGAAAUCCCAAUGGUGGAAUGAAAGCGAGAGGCUAUUGGAAAUCAUUGCCCAAGCAGCAGAUGUUGGUUUGGCCGCUAAAGAUGCAAUAAAGUAUAAAAUAUCAGUAACGGAACUAGAGACAGAUUCCGGAUUACGCAUACCUGACACCGACAAAAAGUGUUUUUGGUUUAGGAAAGAGUUUAAAGAUAUUGAAAAACAGGAGCCAAGUUAUACGCUAUCUAGAUACAUCGAGUGUUUGGGAGACGAAAAGACAUGGAGCGGAGCCAGAGCAAAAAACAAGGAUCUACGGACACAAAUGGAGAGUAAACUAAACUCGAAAAAUAUUCUGACGUAUGAAUUGAGUUGGACAGAAAAAGGAAUCAACCCGGAAAACAAGGAACAUAGCGAAUAUUUAGAGCGAAUUACAGAGGAUUUUCAAGACCGGAUGAUAAGUUCUAUAGAUGACGCUAUCAAGGAAAGAGAAGAAAAUAAAAAGCUGGCAUUGCAUCCCGAACAUGAGGAAUAUUUGAAACAUGCAGUGCUAAUUGAGGAAAAGUGUUCUGGUGUCAAAGGUCGGGAUGAAAUUGUUCAGAAAAUCAAAGCGUACGUACUUGGGGACAAUAAGGAACCCUUGGUUAUACAUGGUGAGUCAGGAUGUGGAAAAACUUCAAUCAUGGCGCUGGCUGCAAAAGAGGCCUACUUCUGGAUCCAUGGGAAGGGAAUGGUGAUUGCGAGAUUUCUUGGAACAACCCAGGAGAGUUCCAAUGUACUUACCCUCCUACAAUCCAUGGUCUCUCAGAUCAAUCGAUUUUUAAAUUUACAGGAUGUCAAAUCCCAGGAUUUGCAGACUCUCGUGACGAAGUUCCGUCAGUGUUUACGACUAUUUGUCAUCAAGAAACAGACAGUUGUGAUUUUCUUAGACUCCAUUGACCAACUUGAUAAAGCUAACAAUGGCAGAAUAGUCACAUCAUGGAUACCAAAGAAUUUGAUCAAAUUCACCAAAGUUAUAGUAUCUACCAUAGAUCAACCAGAGUUUGGAGUCUUUCCAGAGAUCAAAACACUUGCACCGGAAGCAAACUUCAUUCCCGUUCCUUUACUGACAUCUUCAGAUCGGAAAGAAAUCCUGGACAAUUUCUUUCAAGAGGCUAAUCGAACAUUGACUGAUCCACAACGAGCGUAUGUGUUGGAGAUGUUUGAGAAAUGUCCUUUACCACUGUAUAUCAAGUUGGGGUUUCGGGAGGCCAUUAAUUGGACGUCAUUUAGACCAAUGGAGGAGUGCCAUUUACAGGAAACCAUUCGCGGCUGUAUAAACCAGCUACUGGAAAAUAUAGAAACAAAGCAUGGUCACAUGUUUGUUUCCAGGGCUCUUGGAUACGUCACUGCAGCUAAACAUGGUUUGUCAGAGUUUGAACUUGAAGAUGUCCUUUCUUGUGAUGAAGAUGUUUUAAACGACGUGUAUCAAUUUUGGACUCCACCAAUCAGAAGGCUCCCACCACUCCUGAUAGUGCGUCUACGUUAUGAUUUGCGUCGGUAUCUUGUAACUCGAGGAGAUUCUGGAGUCCAGAUUUUGAGUUGGUAUCAUCGUCAGUUCUGGACAGCAGCGGAGGAUCGUUACAUCAAGGACAAAGCAACCAGUGUUUUGCUUCAUACGGGCCUAGCUGAUUAUUUCAUGGGCAGAUGGUCCGGAGACACUCCAAAACCAUACGAGGAUAGAAAUGGCCAGACUAGAGAGAUACGCUAUGUUGCAAGUCAACCAAUAGUACUUGGGAACCAGAUCAACGAAAGAAAAAUGAAAAGUCUUCCCUAUCAUUUUGCAAAAUCGGGCAACCUCAAAGAUCUCAAGAAAGAGUGCCUUCUAAAUUUCGAGUUCCUCCUUCACAAACUUCUUUGUCUUCCAACAGAGGACCUGCUGGACGACUUUACAGUAGCUCUUGACUUGUUCCCAGGAGAAAACCAUCUCGACACGCUGUCGCAAGCAAUAAAUUUGUCGUCUGCAGCGCUGUCAUACGACCCUCGACAAUUACCUUCACAACUUCUGGACCGAUUAGAAAACGCAGAGGGUUUGGACGACUUGCUGGCACAGUGUCCAAAAAGUAUGUACCCUUUCAUGGUGUGCUCAAAGUUCAUUAUGAGGAAGCCAUCGGGUCAGCUGGUGAGGACACUAACUGGCCAUACGUCUACGGUGGGGUGUGUGGAUUUGCAUCAGACUUCAUCUGGAAGUCUAAUCGCUGUUAGUUUGAGUCCAUCAGACAAUGAGAUAAAAACAUGGAACGUCUAUACAGGCAAAGAGAUAAAGUCAGGUUUGGCACUGAAACCGCAGAUACGGAAAAUAGCGUUUGCUGCAAAUGGGGAAAUCAUCCUUCAAAUAUAUGAUAAAACCAUCAUUGGCUGUAAUUCCGAAGGGGAAUUGAAAUAUACCAUCACAAUGGCAGGAAACAUAAAUUUAACGCCUGCUGGAAAAAAUAAAAGCAUCCUUAUUUCCGUGGAUAAGACAGAACUUGCCUUAUGGGAUGCUUCCAGUGGGAAGGAGAUCAAACGCAGAUCAAUGCCAUCACAGUUUAAUCCUGGGAGGGUGGAGUAUAUGACAGGAUCAGAAAAUUACGCGGCUGUUACAAGCGAUGUAAUGGACAAGUUGUGCAUUUACAACAUUCGAGAAGACUCGUUCUCCCCCGUUGUGGAAAUGGGGGAAGAUUUUGAUAUAAAUGCUAUGGCCAUAACACAGAAUGAAACUGGGAUAGUGCUAUCAAGGGGAAUAACUGAUCUCGUGAUGAUGGAUCUUUCCACCCUUCAAGUGCUGCAAAAAUUCGAAGCAUACGAAAAGUACAGCGUAUUGAGCGCAAUAUACUCGCACUCAAAUUUUCUACUAGCCUGCCAUGACUCGGUCGUCAUUUUGUCGGAUAUCACAGGAAGUGACGUAUCUACUCACUUUCCACAUGAAGUGGCCUUGAGUGACGUUAAGACAUGUGACAUGAAGACAUUUGUUACCAUAGCAAGUGAUAAGAUAAUAAGAGUAUGGGACAUAUCAAAGGAGGACAUUCAGAAAAAACUACAAACUCAAGAAAACAAAAUUAGAAACAUCAUUCCUAUGAAGAAUACUCGGUACGCUGUUGUUCAUCGCUCUACGGGGAAAAAUCCAUCUCUCUUUGAAGUUUAUGAUGUUCUGAAAGACAAAGUCAUCAAACGCAUUGCUCUUGAUUGUACAGUUUCUGAGGAAACACUUUUAGAUGAUGACGACACUCUCAUUCUAAUGAACUCUAAUGAUAAAAUCAAAGCGAUAUCCUUGGGGUAAAAUACAGUUGUCACGGUGUUUGAAGGCCUCACACCGAAAUCAUGUGCAACACUGCGUCUGUUUAAUAGUGGCAAAAAGAUGAUAAUGCAAACUCGAGGAAGAGUAAACCUGAAAUGUUAUGACGUAAACACAGGAAAGGUCACAACAAUCAUUCCCUGUGGGACCGAGGGAAAAGCAAGCCUUAUCAAUGACAUUAUGGUUUCCCGAGAUGGCCAUAUUGUGGUUUGCGUCACUGAAGAUGAUCGAUUUCUUAUUUGUGAUGUUGAAAAGAAGAAAAUAAUAAAGGUAUUCAGCAAAGAGAUGUUUGGACCAAGCGUGACUGACCUGGGUAUAGAUGUUGUAGUUUCUAGUCAGGGGGAUUACGUCAUAGGAUCGAUACAAUUAGACAAAAAGGAAUUUAUCACUGCGCCCUUUGUUUGGAAUAAAAAAGAUGACAAACAAGAAAUACUAUUUGACGAAGCGGCUUUUAAGAUGUAUAAGGUACAAGGCAAAGAUUUGAGUGGGUUAGACAUGAAUGAAAUGCUGCUAAUCAAAGACGAACUCUUGGCUGUAGCGUACCAGGAUGGUGCAAUCAGACUAUGGGACAUAAAAAAAGGAUGUCUUCAUAUGAAAUUAAGCGGACACACAGAAAUGGUAGACUUAUUUGGCAAUCCUAACGGACCUUAUAUGAUGUCAUUCUGUGAUUUGGAAGAAGAAAACCUCAUGAGGAUUUGGGACAUUGAGAGCUGGGAAUGUCUGGCAAGCUACAAACCAGAUGCGUUUUUCUACUUUAUGAAACCAGCCAGAGAUGGUAAAUCCUUCCUAGCUGAAUAUGAGGGAAAUGUUUUUCACUUGACAUUGAACGGAUUUGACAAAAACGAAAUGGAAAAACAGGAACUCAUCAAAGAGAUAGAUGAACUGGAUGUCACAUUGCAAGUUCUAGAUGAAAACGACAGGAGAAUCACUGACGACGACCCAGACAAAGAAGAAGAGGAAAAAAGUGAUGAUGACGAUGAUGAGGACGAAGAAGACGGUGGUGAUGAUGAGGACAACGAUACCAAAGACGAUAAAACAAUAUAAUCCUACUUAUUCCAGAUUAUGGGAUAGUUUUAACAUUAUAGAUAUUGAUAAAGAUAUUCUUUAUUAGAAUGUAGAAAAGUGUAUUGUACAUCAAGGAAAGCUGACACAACCAGGUUGUGUACACAACUUCUUUGAACAUGAUAUUCAAGGAGGAUUGUGUAGUCAACAUCACACUACUGUUGAAUUCCUUCAAGAAUAGCCAGACAUGAUUAAAACUCGUCUGAAGCUAGUUGAAGAUAGAAUACUAGUUGAGGCAGUAUUACACAAAGAUAAAAUCUUGCAAGUUACCAAAUUGUAUUUGAUACUAAGGGAAGGGUCUGGAGCUGAAAAGUAUAUCCAAGGUUUCUUUCUUUGAAUUUAACAUUUAUGGAGGUUUUCAAUACACAGUUUACAAAUAUAACUAGUCACAGAGUUGUCUUUACACUUUCAACCAUGGGUCAUGUUCCAUUAAACAAGAUUGAGACCUUUUGUGCUAAAUUAUUAGAUGGCAUCAUAUUAACAUUUAGUACCAAUUCCAUAUAUUUUCCAAAAUGAUUUUUAUCAUAUACUUUCGUAGAAUAAAGUUCAAUUGCUG